GCGGGGCGGCCCGGGGGCGGGGGCCGCGGGCGGCCCGGGGCUGGGGAGGCCGCCGCCUCCCUGGGCCUGCCGGGGCGGCCGCCUCCGCGAUGCCGCUGCUAGUCGAGGGGCGGCGAGUGCGGCUGCCGCAGUCCGCGGGGGACCUCGUGCGCGCCCACCCGCUUCUGGAGGAAAGAGCCAGACUUCUCAGAGGUCAGUCUGUUCAGCAAGUGGGACCCCAGGGCCUUCUGUAUGUUCAGCAAAGAGAGCUUGCAGCGGCCUCCCCGCAGGAUGGCUCCAUCUCCAUCCUGGGUUCUGAUGAUGCCACCACCUGUCACAUUGUGGUCCUGAGGCACACAGGUAACGGGGCCACCUGCCUGACCCACUGUGACGGAAGUGACACCAAAGCAGAGGUCCCCCUGAUCAUGAGCUCCAUCAAAUCCUUCUCCGACCACGCUCCAUGUGGAAGGCUGGAAGUGCACCUCGUGGGAGGCUUCAGUGAUGACAGGCAGUUGUCACAAAAACUUACUCAUCAACUUCUUAGUGAAUUUGACAGACAAGAAGAUGACAUUCACUUAGUGACGUUGUGUGUGACCGAACUAAAUGACCGGGAAGAAAAUGAAAAGCACUUUCCAAUCAUCUAUGGCAUCGCGGUCAACAUUAAAACUGCAGAGAUUUACAGAGCCUCCUUCCCAGACCGAGGCCCGGAGGAGGAGCUGCGUGCCGCCCGAGCUCUGACAGGAGGCCCAAUGAUUAGUAUUUAUGACGCAAAGACAGAACAACUUCGUAUAGGACCAUACUCCUGGAUGCCAUUUCCACAUGUGGAUUUCUGGCUGCAGCAAGAUGAUAAGCAAAUACUAGAGAACCUCUCCACUUCACCUCUGGCUGAGCCACCCCACUUUGUCGAACAUAUUAGAUCUACCUUGAUGUUCUUAAAAAAACACCCAUCUCCAACCAACGCACUGUUUCCCGGAAACAAGGCUCUCCUCUACAAAAAAAAUGAAGAUGGUUUAUGGGAAAAGAUCCCUUCUCCAGGAAGCUAAACACGGGCACCACCAAAGAGCAACUUUUGGCCUGAGAGACACCACCAUGGGGACCGUGGGGCCUGGAAAGAAUACGAACCAGAAUCCGCAUCCGCUGAAUCUUAGGUCUCCUUCCUUACUGUCCUUCAAAUGACUUUAAAAAUAAAAUCUUAUUUUCGCGAA